UAAUUAAAAUCUGUAAAGUUAUAUUGUUCUGCGACUUUUUACAUACAAAUACAAAACAACAAAAAUAUAAUAAAAAUACAUAUAUGUUUAAUGCUGUGAAAAAAAAACAAACAAAAAAAUUACAUAGAUGUUAAACAAAAUAAAAUUCAAACGCGCGCGAAACUAAAAUUUAAAACAGAAAUCGGGCGCGUUCUAACUAUAAAAUGAAAACUAUAAAAACACCAAAAAUUUAAAAUAUAAAUCGGGCGCGAAAUAAUUAGAAAAAUAUAAUCACACAAUAAAGCAACGAAGUCAUAUUGAAACAAUCUACAAAGGAGGAAACGGGAGCAAGAGGACACUAAACAAAGGAGGAAAUUAGGAAAGAACAUUAAACACAGGAGGAAAUUGGAGUAGAGGAUCACUAAACACAGGAGGAAACUAAAACAAAAGCAGGGGAUAAUAACUACAAAAUUAUCCAAUUUUACAUACGUAUUCUCCCAAAAACCCCUUGAGGCGAGACAAAAGCAAUAUGGACGUAGAAAUGGCAUCACCAUCAACGCCAACUAUGCGUUCGGUUGUUCCCGCUCCGCGCCCUGGAACUGCCCCAAUCGCAGCACGCCGGACCACCAUUCCAACCGCCGUGCCUCAACCAACAACAUGCACCACCGCGCCAACGGCCCCGGGCAAUAGCAUGGCAUCAACACCAGCAUCACCCGCACUAACAGCGGAUUUGCAGCGCAUUCGAUGCCCAUUGUGUCGACGCCCGCAUCGACUAUCGCACUGCGGCAUUUUUAAAGGCAUGCCACCGAUGCAACGCCAACAAGUUGCACAGGCACACGGCUAUUGCCUAAAUUGCCUGGGAACUACUCACGCAACGCAGGAGUGCCCGUCCAACAAUCGCUGCCAAAUCUGUGUGCGUUCGCAUCACACGCUGCUGCACCGCACUACCAGACGCGACGCAGGGCGACAAGCGGCUCCUCGCACCAGUGAUAACAUCAGGCGUUCUCAAAGAGCGCCUUUGAUACAAUACCGCCGGCGUGGACCCCCGUCCGCAGAAUCCCGUCACUGGCAACACCGUGCCACAUCAGCACGACGUCAGCAGCCUAGGCCGCAAUCCCGCCGGUCAACAGGCCUCAGCAGCGUCGUAGCCACGCUACAGCAGUUACAGCGGCUUCUAGGCUAAACAUUCGCCUAGGGGGGCCGGGAUGGCUAAAUGAGUCAAAACGAAAAACACACUCAUAUCAUUUCACCACACUACAUCCACCUCAUCACGCCAGAGAACACUACACGUUAACACACACACACACACAUACAUCAAAACACGAUGACAGCAUACAAACUUUAACAAAAAGGAAUAGAAAGGAUAGCACUUCACCUUUCUUUUCGAUAACGUCGUUCGCAUCGCACCUCCGUGUUCGCAGCAUCCCGGUUUUCCGAUAUUUGGCACCCGCUUAUAUGUUUCAACAUUUAACAUCCAUUUUUAAUACAACCAUUUUUGUAAACUAAAAUCACUAACGAUACAUACAUUUAUCAUAACGUUGUUCAAUAUAAAUACAUAAAUAA